AUGGUCGGCAAACGGGGCAUCACCAGCGCGGAUCAGAAGAACUCGACGUACCUGAGCAAGGAUGUCGAGGACCGCCCGCCGCAGGACCGCAAGUACAGGUUUCGGGACCAGGGACACCUGGAUCCGGAUGAUCAGCGGAGGGUGCAGUUUAAGAGGCAAUUGCUGGAGAGUGUGGAGAGUUCGGAGUAUUUGCAGGAGUAUCGGAAGAGUGAGGUGGAGUUGAAGGGGAUUAAGAAUAAGAAGUUGAGGGCUUUUUAUGCGGAGCAGAAUGAGAGGUUGGAUGAUUGGCUAGAAGUAAAUGCCAUCGUCAAGGCGCUUUCAGACGAUAUCCUCGAGUCCUUCGAUCCUCGAGACGAUAACGGAGACGGUAUAGCAGAAGGUGGUGGUGCCUUGCAAGACACCGAGGGAUGCGUCGAACCUUUCCUCCCAGAAGAAGAACAAGAGAAGCGACGAAUUGGUAGACGGAAUGCCAAAUGGGCUAUAAACAUCAACGUCAUUGCCAACAUCAUCCUCCUGAUUGCCAAAGGGAUUGCGGCACUGAGUUCCUCGUCUCUUUCGCUGAUCGCUUCCCUAGCUGACUCGGCGCUGGAUUUGCUGUGUACGGCUAUCAUUUUCACGACGCAUAAGCUGGUGGGAUGGCGUCUUAGUAAGUUAAGAAGGAAAUUCCCGGUUGGGAGAAGGAGGUUGGAACCAUUGGGCAUAUUGGUGUUUUCCAUCAUUAUGAUUAUUUCGUUCAUCCAGAUCCUGCAAGAAUCGGUGCAGAAGCUGAUGUCGAAGGGGCCACAUGAGGCAACACAACUACCGCCUGUGGCUAUUGGUGCUUUGGCUGGCACGAUUGUGUUGAAGGGCAUCAUAGGGCUUGGUUGUAUGAGGAUCAAAACUAGUCAGGUGCAAGCACUGGCUCAAGAUUGCAAGACUGACGUUAUUUUCAACUCUCUCUCGCUUAUCUUUCCGGCUGUUGGGCACGCUGCAAAUAUUUGGUGGCUCGAUCCAGCAGGUGCUGGUAUUCUUUCUCUUUUCAUCAUCUGGGAUUGGGGCUGUACUUGUUUUGAGAAUGUCUUCCGCUUGACGGGUUCAGCGGUUGAUGACCGUGUAUAUGCGAAGCUCACAUUCCUCGCAUAUCGGUUUUCGCCACUGGUCAAUGGGUAUAAGUCCAUUCAAGCAUACCAUGCAGGAGAUGGAGUCUGGGUUGAGGUUGAUAUUCUGUUGGAUGAGAAAACGCCACUGGAGGUAGCCCACGAUAUUGCGGAGACAUUGCAAUACUGUUGUGAGGGACUGCCCGAGGUCGACAGAGCGUUCAUUACAUGUGACUACACAACGUGGGGUCCGACAGGACACGCACUUGAGAACUACCAAUAA